AUGGCUUCAUGUACAACAUGUAAUUGGUGUGCAAAAAAUAUUGAUUCGAUUGUUACGACAUCUAAUGAAUUAUUCUGUUGCUCAACAUGUAAAGAGUAUUAUAAUUUGGAUAUACAUAUUAUGCAUGUAUUAGACAUAGCUAUUGUUAAUGGUCGUGAGAUGAAAAUCGAUAAAGCAUGGAAUCGAUUAUUCAAUUUGUUAUUUAAAAGUAGCUUAUGUUUAUAUGCUCAUCAUCGAGAUGACAUUGGUAUCGAACUCGGUUGGUUAUAUGAAAUUUAUAUGCUUUCUACAAAGAAUAAUUUGAAUUCUAUUAGAACUUCGAUCGUUAUUGAACAUUUAAAUAAUUUCCUCUAUUUUUUACGUCAUACAACGAAAUGA